GCUGCGAUGCUUUGUGCAAUGAUUUUCAAGGUUAUGCAAUUCAUGUGCAACCCACUGGACUGUAUCAAACACAUUUCUUUGUAUGGGGGCUGUGCUGGAACAGCUGCAGGUUGUUUACAGCAAGAUGAUCAGGACUACAUCUUCUGCAGGUGGCGAGGGAGCUGCAUUGGGAUGAGAAGCUGGGAGAAUAUGACUGGAACAGGAUUGUGCUGAGGAGCAAGAAUGGAUGUGGUGUUUGGAGUGUCGUGGGCUACUUUUAUCAAAAGGAGAUGGGAAGCUUGGUCGCUUUCCACUGAGGAUGCAUUCCCACGCCACUCCUGACGGCCAAGCUGCCCCUCAUUUUCCAAGGUCUCACCUUGCAGAAGCAGUUGCCAAAGCCAAGGCAGGUGGAGGUGGUAGUGGAAGCACUGGUGGAACUGGGAGAGGUCUUGUGGGGCAGAUUAUCCCUAUAUACGGAUUUGGCAUCUUCUUAUAUAUCCUGUACAUUUUAUUUAAGCUGGCUUCCAAGGGAAAAACUACUCCUGCAGAGCGGAAAUGCCCAGCUGCUACACCUGGAAACAUGAAGAGGAAAAUUACUGACUAUGAGCUCACUCAACUCCAGGAAAGACUGAGAGAGACAGAAGAAGCUAUGGAAAAAUUAAUCAACAGAGUAGGACCUAUGUAUGACAGCAGGACUCAAAAUGUUACAACAGACCAGGAAAAAAUGUUGCUUCAACAACUCCGAGAAAUAACUAGAGUUAUGAAAGAAGGAAAAUUCAUAGAUGACAUCUCUCCUGAGAAGGAAGCUGAAGAAGCUCCUUACAUGGAAGAUUGGGAAGGUUAUCCAGAAGAGACCUAUCCUGUCUACGAUAACUCCAACUGCUGCAAGCGCAAACAGGACACAAUCCUUGUAGAUUACCCUGACCUGAGCCAACCCUCUCCAGAAGAGCUGGCAGAAAGAAUGGAGGGCAUGGAAGAUGAGGAGUAUCUUUGUGAUGAAACCCAGCUAACUGAUCUCACCACGGGAAGGGGUGGUCAGAAUUUCACACAGAAAAAGGAUGAGGCGACUCUCAUUGGUGAAGAGAAGGGGAACCUUCGUCACAGCCAAAGCACUGAGGACUGCUGCUGCUGUUAUGGGGAUGAUCCUGCUGUCAUAGCAGAGAAUGCUGGAUUCCACUCUGAGAGCUGCAGUGAAGCAGAAGAGACAACCCAAGAGGACAUGUCUGUGGAGUCAGAAAAUGAAAAUGCAGCACUAGAAGAGCAAAAAGCCAGUGAUGCAGAUGAAACAGGCACACUGAGAAAGCGCAACACGAAAGGGCUUGAUUGAUAGGGAACAUAGUGGAUGUUACCUGGAUGGUAAAGGUAGAGGUCAUAAACUGUCAUUUGUGUGGCUUUUGUUCCCAAUGAGGACUUCCCUAUGUUCAUGUCCUUGUACCAAUUUCAUUCUUGUGGUACCAGUCACAUCAUCUACCUGAACUGGAAGCCAAUGCCCUCUUUCAUGCACUCUCAUCAUGAGUUACCAUGAUGUUGCCAACAGCGCUUUGUCCUUGAUUUUUGAAGCCUGGUAUCUUGGAACACAUGAUGUGGAGCAGAUAUUUGUGACUCUUUCCAGUUCCAAAGGAACAGUCCUUGCUUUUGCCCUUUGUCAUCCCAGAGUUAACCAAAUGUCUCUUCUGACUUUUUCAAAAAUAUCUGUGUGCUACCAGUUAGGAAAAUUAAUCAAAUUCUCAUAUAUAUAUAUAUAUAUAUAUAUGAGUGUACAGGACGCUGGAGGAGAAAGUAUGCCUUCUUUUACCUGAUCAGCAAAACAGAUCACAGUCACACAUGACUUUCUCAAUUGUCAUUGCUGCUGUACACCCAAGGAACUGUUGUCACUACAACCCACAAAAUCCAUAUGCUACCCCAACCCACAGCCCAUUUCCCGGUUAUUCUGUGUUGCAGGAACAGUGGCCUAAUCCACGUUGUGUUAGUUGUGUGAGCCAGACUGAAGUGCUGUUGAGUUGUUCUUUGCCAUAGGUGUGAUGAAACUCCCAGGUGAGAGCAGGAAGUGGACUAUAUAAUAUGUGAGAGCACUAAAAAUAUCCCUAGAGAUUAAAAACAAAAAAGGCAGCUUUAAGGUUUGUCUAUAAAAACAGAGAACAGCAUGAGGGUGCCCCUCACACUGAACCCACCCUUCUUCCUGGAAACCUGUGGGGUUUUUUAACUCUUGGAAUGUUGUUGCCACUGUCUUGCUGAGGGGACCCCAGGUAUGGGAUGAGGACAGUGCUGGAGCGACAGGCUCACAAGGGGAAGUUGGGUCCCUGUGCCCAAGGGACAACCUUUCUCAUGCAAGCAACACGGCAGGUGGGAGUGAGCGCCAGGAGAGGAGCCCUCAGCCUCCUCCUUCUCCAAUGUUUCAGCGUUUUUCAGGCCACAGGCCCAUCACAACCAAACCCUGAUGUACGGGGCCACACUCAGCCCCAGUCACAACUGACAUCACAGUGGCUUGGUUGUGGUGUCACAUCACCUCACUGCUCCGGCACUGUAAACGCAGGGCCCCUGAUGAAUACCUGGAAGGAAGAGGAGCUGGAGCAGCAGGGUGGAUGGUGCCCACCUUUGUGCAGGACAGGAGCACAGGGCCACUUCCCGUGAUGGCAGAAGAGGAAGGCAUGUGCCAGGAGGCAGCAGCGGAGGCAGCAGAGGAGGGGGAACAAAAUCACGCCUCUCUCGAGAGCACCGUCACCCUCGCUUCCCUGGUCAAGGCCAUGCAGAACUUGGUUCUGUGCCCAGCAGGGGACAUUGUGCAGCCCAGGGAUAUCGGCAUGCAAGGGAGCAGCCGGAGCAGUGACUGCCAACCUUCACGUGGGACAGCAAAGAGACGCUUCCCACAGCCACCAAAGAAGAAGUCAUCUCCCCUGGGCCUGAAACAUGGCAAUCGACGGUGCAGGAGGAGGAGAGGGAGGAGGAAGAGGACAAAGAAGGGGAAGAGGAGGAGCAUCAGCCCUUGCACCCUGAGAACCAUUGCCAACACUCAAGCAACGACAUCCAGCGCACAGCUCUGGGAACACCGGUGGCCCAACCUCCGCCGCACCUUCAUCACUCAAAAAUAAACGACAAGACAAAGAUAAAAAUGCUGUCAUCCUCUCUUAUUUGGCACUUUGGCGACAGCAUCUGUGCUCCUGUGACCCCUGAAAUAGGAGGCUUUUUUUGGAAACCUUCUGUUUCUGUGUCCACACACUGCUUUGCUGGUGCCACCUUAAGUUCUGGGGUUUUUUAGGCUGUAACAUCAACAAUUUCAGACUGGCUUUUUUAAAUUCAGUAAAAUUAUCAUAAUGAAGGCAUUCAGCCCUAGGAACUUCUUCUUUCCAAAUGUGCCAGGUAAUAUUAUGGAGGUCAUUCUAGGAGUUAGUGUAGAUAAUGCAGCCAUUGGUCAUAGCCAACACAGGAUCACAUGGGGAAGGUGAUCACAGCUUCUCAGGAGUGCCUGGCCAGCACUCUACAAUCGGCCCAGCCUCCACUCCUGUGAUCAGCACAGCCUCCACUUCUGGCCAUCCUGCUGGCUCACUCAUUCCAUCUCCUGGCAUCAACAGAUUAUUUUGCUGAUUGCCACAGGUAGUAUGAGCCCUUUCUUCCCAUCCUCUGCCCCCACGCCCCCUGAAGGGGUGCCAGCUCCCCUGCUCUGAGCCUCAAGAAAAGGGAAGUGAGUUGAAUUGGCUUCCACCAGCCUGCUGUGCUAAGGUGACAGCUGUCCCUCAGAGGGUGACUGGCAUCUCGGGCCUGGAGGUGGGGUUUCUUCAAUCUGAGGACGAGAAGGUUCCCCGAUGAGUGAGUGAAGGUGAAGUCAGACCCUCUGCAGCCUUGCAUGAAGAACAGUAACAGAUCAAGCCAAAAAUGUAGGCAGCUGUUCCUUUGGAGAAGCAGCAGACGGCAGUUCUGCCAGGAAGAAGUGCUGGCCUUCAGCAUGAAGGGCCCUUUUAGCUGCUUCACAAGGAGUUCUUUUCAAGUUGGGAAAUAAAUUAAAAAACCCCAAACCAAUAAACCAAGAAAAUAACAGUAAAAA